ACUUAUGGAAAACUCUCACGCAUGGUUGGGAGCAUCGACAUCUUCUAUAGCUGCAGACAGUUAUCAAUACCAAUUGCAGUCAAUGUGGCAAAAAUGUUGGAAUACAAAUCAAAAUUUAAUGCAUCAUUUACGAUUCCGAGAACGAGGUCCUUUAAAAUCAUGGAGACCUGAAACUAUGGCCGAAGCUAUAUUUAGUGUUUUAAAAGAAGGCUUAUCAUUAUCGCAAGCUGCAAGAAAAUACGACAUUCCUUAUCCAACAUUUGUAUUAUAUGCAAAUCGAGUUCAUAAUAUGUUAGGGCCUUCUAUUGAUGGCGGAACUGAUUUACGACCAAAAGGACGCGGACGACCCCAAAGAAUUUUAUUGGGUAUAUGGCCAGAUGAUCACAUUAAAGGUGUUAUUAAAACAGUAGUUUUUCGUGAUGCAAAAGAAUUAAAAGAAGAAUCAAUGCAUUUACAAUAUGGUAGACAUUCGCCUGUAUUUCCAUUCCAAGAGGGACCUUUAGGAUAUCCUGGUGGUCCAUGUGCAAAUGGUAUGCCUCCUCAAGGUUCCGAUUCAAUGAGCCCAGAAGCAACCGCUGCAGCUGUUGCUGCUGUUGCACAUAAUUUAAGACAACAAAUGCAAAUGGCAGCCGCAGCACAUCAUCCUGAUUCACCUGGAAGUUUAUUUAAUCUUCCAUCACAUUUACAAGUAAAUCAUCCGUCAAUUAGUGGAGCAGGUACUCCAUUACCAAAAUCUAAUUCACCAACUUCAAGUAAUGAACGUAAUAAUAGUAGAGAAAGUAAUAAUAGUAAUAACAAUGGAAAUAACAAUAACAACAACAAUAAUAAUAAUCAUAAUAGUGGGAAUACAACUGGAAUACAUAAUUCCAACACAUCUUCACAAAGGCAUUCAUCACAUCAAUCAAUGCUUCCAAAUCCAAAUACAUUAGCUAGCCUUGCUGGUUUACCAGGAUUACAUAUGAUACCUGGUUUAAGCAAUACACAAAUUAGUCGUGAUUCAAAUUUAGAUAGUAAUAACACACGGGGUAAUAAUAGUGGUGGCAAUAGUAAUAAUAAUAGUCAUUCAAUUAGUAUUUAUUCAAAUGCAGGUUCUGGUAAUAAUGAUAAUACAAAUAAUGGUAAUAAUUCAACAAAAAAUCUAAAUCAACAUUCAUCUGAUAUGUCUAGCCAUCAUCAUCAGCAUCAUCAUCAACAUCAUCAACAUCAUCAUAAGGAAAUUCCAAGAAAUGAUUCUCCAAUGGAGUUAGCACAUGAUUUACGUAUGAGUAGUCCAGAUAAUAGUCCACUUAAUUCUCAUUUACAAAUUGCAUUGGAACCAUCAGUUAAUUUAUCUGUAGGCGUUAGUGGUAUGAGAUACAAAUCAUCAAGGGGAUAUUCAUCAUCUCCUCAUUCUGAUCAUCAUUUAUUUCAAGAUGAUAUUGCUGAAUUAGUUUCGGCUGGUAAUAAUAACAAUAAUAGUAAUAAUAAUAACAAUAACAACAAUAGCAGUAAUACCGGUCGUAAUUGUCCACCGAAUUUUAAAGAGCCUUCAUCUAGUAUCAAAAUUGAACCAAUGACUGAAUGUCGAAGUGAAUAAAGAUUAUGUAAUAAUAACUUUCAUUUAAAAUAAACACCGAGCUAUAUAAUAUACAUACCUAGUACAUUAAUGAAAACCAUAUUUGCUACGCAUUCAAAAUACCAAAAAAAAAAUUUAAAAAUAAAUAAUUAAUGAAAUGAAAAAAAAAUAAUUAAAAAUUUCUUUUUAUUUUGUUAAGUUAUAAACUUAUCUAUGUAUAAUUAUAAAUCAGUAUAUGUACAUUAAUUAUGUAAUUAUAAUUUUUUCUUUGUUUUUACUGUAAAACAAAA